ACGACGUAGCCAGUCACUAUGGGGAAACUGUAAAAGUCGCUGAAGACAACAGAUAACGAGACAGUCUGAAAUGCUUGCUAACUAUGUAAACCUGACUAUAAACAUACAAUAAAUUAAAAUGUUUAAUUCGGCAGGAUUGCUCUUUUUACAGUCCUUUACCACAUAGAUAUUGGUUCGGGUUGCCAGCUAACUGAAAUCGGACUUUGAAAACCCAACUUUUUGCUGCAUCAAGCAGAAAGCCCUGUUAUGGGCUUGAUGGAGAUACAUCGGGACGAAAAAGUUUUGGGACCGCUUAUCAACACCUUUCGCAUUGGAUAAUAUUUCAUAUGGCCUGAAGGAUAUUGCAUUUUUCAUAAAGAGAGGAGCGCGUCUGGGAACGUUACAUCAAAAGUCUCAAACCACAUUACGACGCGAAAAAGAAAGACAUAUACCAAAUACAAAUACCCUUUUAACUGUAAACUGGGUAUACCAUGAUAAGCUACUCUUUCACUUUCGGGGGGUUGUGGUGGAGCUCGUAUUGUAUUUUGCUUAUUGUAGGCAGCAAUUAUUUAUUUGAUGGCAAUAACGAAAUACACCCGAGCUUUGUUCACCGGCGGCUGCGGACUCACGAGAAAAGAGAGAUGCAGAAAGAGAUUCUUUCCAUCCUCGGACUGCCACACAGACCUCGACCGCAUCUGUCACAUGGCAAGUACAACUCGGCACCUCUGUUCAUGUUGGAUCUAUACAAUACCAUUUCAAACGAGGAGAAAAAUGACGUGGAGGGGCUUUUGGACCAGUAUAAAUCAAUGUUCACCACUCAAGGACCUCCGCUGGCCACUUUUCAGGACAGUGCCUUCUUAAACGAUGCCGACAUGGUGAUGAGCUUUGUAAAUCUGGUGGAGUACGACCGGGAGCUGUCCCCUCAGCGGCGGCAUCACAAGGAGUUCAAAUUCAACCUGUCCCAGAUCCCAGAGGGGGAGGCCGUCACCGCCUCCGAGUUUCGCCUCUACAAGGAGUGCGUCAACCGGGCCUUCAAGAACGAGACCUUCGUCCUCACCGUCUACCAGGUGGUGCAGGAGCACCCAGACAGGGAUGCCGAUCUCUUCCUGUUGGAGUCGCGCAAGCUGUGGGCAGCGGAGGAGGGCUGGCUGGAGUUCGACAUCACAGCCACCAGCAACCUGUGGGUGAUGAGCCCUCAUCACAAUCUGGGACUGCAGAUUAGUGUGGAGACCAGCAGCGGGCGGAGCAUCAGUCCAAAGGAAGCGGGGCUUGUGGGGCGUGACGGGGCCCUCGAGAAACAGCCCUUCAUGGUGGCCUUCUUCAAAGUUAGCGAGGUGCACAUCCGGACGGCCCGCUCCACCAACAAGCGCCGGCAGCAGAGCCGCAAUCGCUCCACCCAGCCACAGGAGGCACCCAAGGGCCCCAGCGCAGCAGAUUACAACAGCAGUGACCAGAAGACCGCUUGUCGGAAGCACGAGCUGUACGUCAGUUUCCGGGAGCUGGGGUGGCAGGACUGGAUUAUUGCACCAGACGGAUAUGCUGCCAACUACUGUGACGGAGAGUGCUCCUUCCCCCUCAAUGCCCAUAUGAAUGCCACCAACCAUGCCAUCGUACAGACACUGGUCCACCUCAUGAACCCCGAAAAUGUCCCCAAGCCCUGCUGUGCCCCAACAAAGUUGCACGCCAUUUCUGUGCUUUACUUUGACGACAACUCUAAUGUGAUCCUGAAGAAGUACAAGAACAUGGUGGUGAGAGCCUGCGGCUGCCACUGAUUGGUCAUCACAGACUUAACGGCUGCAGCUUAACGGUGUCUGUAUACCAUGUGGGUGUCAGACGUAUGUGUGCGCAAGUGUGUGCGUGUGUGUGUGUGUGUGUGUGCGUGCGCGUGUGAAUACGAUCUUCGCCCUGCCCUCUCUUCACUGCAGCAACUCAGGGUGAACGAAGGACUGCUACAUGACCAGAAAAAUGUGCUGCUUUCUCCUCCCCUGAACAGGAUGACCAUACGGCCCUCACCCUGCUCAAAAGCUAGCCGCUACUCCCAUGGUGUUUGAUUUUCACGUGGCAAAUAAUCAGUCAGACUUCAUCUUCCAGUUUAAAAUACAAGG